GCGGGACCUGCGAGAGAGGGAGGCUGGACAGAUCAGCCCUGCGGAGGGGGACAGGGAGUGCUGCUGGUCUGGGACAUGAGGCCAUGCGGACCUGAGAGGAGCAAAAGGCGAAUGAUGAUUUCUUAGAGAGAAAUCGUGAACAGUUACCUUUUACAUUAAAUAGAUGUAUAACAUCAAUGGAAUCUAACUUAUGGAGCUUUCAUGAUCAUGAAGAAGAGGAAAACUUGCUUGCAAAUGUUGUGGUGUUGAGGAGUCGGCUAAGGGAAACAGAAAGAAGUUUACAAAACAUAGGGGAAGAGCUUUUCAGUUCACAUGAUCAUUCAGGUGACGGUGCACAUGACAGUGAACUUGAGAUUUUAACAAUGGAAGAUCUUGCCCAUUCUAGUGAAUUUCAAAAUUCUUCAGCUCAUAAUAUUGCAAGCGGAAUGUCCUGGCAUUAUGGGGAUUCUCCAAGGAACUCCAGGAGCAAAUCUUAUUUGCUAUCUUUUGAUAAAAGCAUGGAGGAAGAAAAUGAAUUACUACGGAACAAACUGAAUGCAGUCCGGGAACAAAAUGCAUCACUGAGUUCCAAGAACCAUCAUCUAAUGAAUAAAAUCGAAGCUAUAAACUUUGAACUGAACCAGUCAAAAGCAAGAAUCUCUGUUCUUGAAUCUGCUUUGGGCACACAUUCUGUCAGUAUUCCAGAGUUAGAAAACCAAAUCGCAAGUUUGGAAGCAGAAGUUCAAGCCCGAGAUAUUGUUCUGAAAGAAGCAGAAGACAAACUGGAACAAAGCCAUCAACUAGUCUUUGAAAAAGAAUAUGUUUUGCAGAAGUUCAAAGAGGAAUAUAAAAUAAUGAAACUUGAUUUAAUUGAACAAAACAAACAAGGAAAGAGAACUGAACAGCAAAGAAAUGAAGCUCUGUAUAAUGCUGAGGAGCUGACAAGAACUUUUAAAAAAUAUAAAGAGAAAAUAACUGAGAAACUGGAAAAGGUACAGGUGGAAGAGCACGUUUUAGAGAUAAAUUUAAUGAAUUGUGUAAAUGAAAAAGAAAAAUUACAUGCAAAGUGUGAUACCUAUAGAAUUGAGCUUGAAGACAUGAAAGAACGGCUGAGGAAAUUAAUUGAAGAGAACUGCAUUGGAAAAGAAAACCUGAAGUGUGUCGAAACAAAAAGCUCUGAAAUGGAAUUGCUGCUAAAGCAUUCCCAGCAAAAGGUCCAGAUGCUCGAAAGUAAACUUCAGAACCAAGACAUAGUAAAUGAAGAGAAAAAUGCUCUAAUAAAAGAAAAUGUAGACUUGAAAGCUCUUAUUUCAGAACAAAAUGAUCGUCUUAAGUUGUAUUAUCAAGAAAUUGAGAAUUCAAGAAAUGAACUGAAUGCCUUAGAAAAUGUUGUUUCCCAGUUGUCUCAAUGCUCAUCAAAAGAAUUUAAUCAUUCUAAAGAAUCCUCAAGUACCACUGGCUCUGAAUCAGGUGGAUCCCUCAUAGAAGAGCUAAGACUAAAAUUGGAUAUUAAAGAAGCAGCGAUUCAGAAACUUCAAGCAGAACUUAUGGCUAAUAAAAUAGUUCAGAAUCUCAGUGAUGCAAGGGAGACACAAGGAUCCAGUAGAUUGACCAGUCUGGAAACCGAACCAGUAAAACUGAAUGGAGAUCAAAUAGAGAGAAAAUGCCAGCAAUUGGAAUUCAUCAGUAAACAGUUUGAAAAGGAGAAGCGAAGGUUCACUAGACACAUAGAAGAACUACGUACUAAGCUGGAGAAAUCCGAAGAAGAGAAUUCUUCUUUAAAGGAUGAUAUGGCUCAGCGAACUAGUCAGUUUCAAACAAUACAAGAAGAACUCUUGGAGAAAGCUGCAAAAUCCAGUAGCUUGGAGCGAGAAACUGCAAGGAAAUCCUCUCAGCUUUCAGCUCUUGAAAAACAGUUGGAAGAAAAGACAGUUGCUCAUACAGCUGCUGCAGCAAGAAACAUUGAGCUGGAACAGGAACUGAGGGAAAUAAAUUCUCGGCUUCACAACAUGGAACGAGACCUCAGUGAGGGGCAUGAGCACUUUGCUAUGGCACUCGAAAAAACAAACCUAAUCCAUCAUGAGCAACACAAGGAAAUGGAAAGCCAGAUUGAAUUACUUCAGACUCAGCUAGAAAAGAAAAACCAGCAAUUCCUGGAGCAAGAGAAGACCAUGUCCAUUUUACAACAAGACCUCUUAUUUAAGCAGCGUCAGCUUGAAUCAUUGGAUCGACUGCUAACAGAAAACAAAGAGGAAAUGGAAAAGCAGAAUGCCAAGAAGGAUGAAGCUUUAAAAACAUUACAAGGCCAACUAACUGAGGAAACAGUAAUGGUCAAACAAUUACAGACAGCACUAGAUAUCUAUAAGGAAGAUCUUGCAUUAUAUUUAAAUCAGCUAGAAGAAAAUAAAGCAGCUUUUGAGAAGCAGCUGAAGAAGAAGUCUGAAGAGGUACAACGGUUGCAGAAAGAAGUAAAGCUAAAAAAUGACAAUCUGCAGUCCAGUAAUGAACAAAACCUCCUCCUGCAGCAGACACUGCAGCAGCAGCAACAAAUGUUACAUCAGGAAGCCAUGAGGAAUGAAGAGUUAGAAGACAGCCAAACUAAGCUUCAAAAGCAGGUAUUAAAAUUAGAGCAAGAACUUCAAAAACAGAAGGAAAAUUGGGAGGAAGAACUGAAAAAAACAAAUGAGAAGCUCCAUGUAGCCACUGAAGAAGCUGAUUUGAAAAGGCAAAAAGUAUCAGAACUUACUGGCACCAUCAGGCAGAUUAAAAUGGAAAUGGAUCAAUGCAAAGAUGAGCUGUUAGACAUGGAGAAAGAAUUAGUACACUUAAGACGAGAUGGUCACACUAAAGCAAUGCAGCUAGGCCACUUGGAAAUGACUUUGGAGCAGAAACUAUCAGAAUUACAUAAGAAGACACAACAAGUGAAAGAAUUGGAAGAUAAACUAGUUCAAAACGAGAUGCAGCGAAAAGAUGCUGUGCAGAAAAUAGAAACGUUAGAGACUGAACUGCAAAAUGCCACUGGGGAGCUAAAGACCACUUUAAGACAACUACAGGAACUCCGUGAUGUGCUACAAAAUGCACAGCUGUCUCUGGAGGAGAAGUAUGCUGCUAUCCAGGAUUUAACAGAAGAACUAAGGGAAAGCAAGGAUGAACUUGAGGAUAAAACCCAAAAACUUCUUGACCUGGACCAAGCAUUGAAAGAAAGGAAUUGGGAGUUGAAACAAAGAGCAGUUCAGGUUACACAGUUGGAUAUGACAAUUCGUGAACACAGAGGAGAAAUGGAACAAAAAAUAAUUAAAUUAGAAGGAAGUUUAGAGAAAGCAGAGUUGGAAAUUACAGAAUGUAAUAAGCAGAUUGAGAGUUUAGAAGGCAAGCUGCAGCAUGCCAACAAUGAGCUACAUGACAAGGAAUUUGACAUACUUCAACAAGAGCAAGAGAUAAAUCAACUUAAAAAAGAAACUGAAAGAAAGCAGCAGAAAAUAACCAAUAUAGAGAAAACAUUGAAAGGACAGGAAAAGUGUAUUGCAGACCAGUACAAAGAGGUACUUGAUUUAGGACAGCAGUUGAGGUUGGAGCGUGAACAGAUGAAACGUGUCCACACGGAACUACUGGAGAGUCGUCGUCAGCUGGCUCAAGCUGAGAGAGAUGUGGAAAGAAUCUCUCAUGAACUGGAAGAACUAAACCAUAUUUCCCAUGAAAAGGAAGGCCGUGCAAAUCAUUUGGCUGAGCAACUGGGAGCAGCUCAGGCACGAGAAACGCAGUUAGAAGCAAGAAUGCAGGCAGAGAUUAAGAGGCUCUCAGAAGAAAUACAAUCACUCAAGGAGUCUUAUGCAGCUGAGAAGUUCACACAUGAAGCACAGCGGACAAAAUGGCAGCAUUCUGCAGGCAGACAAGUAUCUAAAUCGCAUCAUCUUAAUGAACAAUUGCAGCAGUUAAAGCUGGAGCUGGAAGAUGCUCAGGGCACUGUCUGUAAUCUGCAGCAACAGCUUCAGUCCAGAAAUGGGAUGAUUCAAGCAGCAAAUGAAGCUCUUCUUCUAAAAGAAUCUGAAGUAACAAGAUUACUAACUAGAAUUGCGGGUUAUGAAAGAACAGAAGGCAUCAGGCAACUCUCAGCCCUACAAAACCUAUCCUCUCAUCAGUGGCUUGAUGAUCAAGAACUGGAGUUUUCCAAGCAUUCUCAGAUUGCCUACUCCUCACACAGAAAACUGCGUCGCUCUACCAGCACUAGUGAUCUAAGCAUUAAAGCUGAUGGCAGCUCACUAGAUCUCAAACAGACGCUUACUCUAGAUGCUUCGAUGGCUUGUAAGAAGCACAGAGACACUAUUAGUGUGUCACCAAAAAGUCUGAAUGACUCCUCAUUUGAUCCCUUGACACAUACUGUAGGUGGAGACAUGACUUGUGACAGUAAUGACUUCCACACUCUUAGUGGCAUGCUAAAAUAUAUCAACGAAGAAAUAAAGAAGUCUGAACAUUCUUCCCUAUAAUUGUCACGUGAUGCAACGGACAAUCAAGAUCAAAGAUUGUGAAGAGCCAUCGUGCUGGCAGGCAGUCAACCACAGAUGGAUUUGUUGGCACAGCAUUGGGUUCAUGAGGGCAUUUUAUAGAAACUUUGUAUAUAGUUGAGAUACUUGAGCUAUUCGAAUUGCCUUAUUUUUCCAAUUCUGUUUUUAUUACUUUAAAGUAACUUGUACAAUAAUAAAGCUUUUUUGUUCAGA